AUGUCAGCCCGUCAUUUGAAUCGCACAACAAAUUUCGACCCUUUUGAGUCAGACCGCUAUUACCAAGCAUGUCUAGAAAAGUUGAUCCCCGCGCUGGAUGACCACGGCGUGACGAUGGAUGAUGAUUUGCUGGCUGCGACUGUAAUUCUACGCUUGCUGGAAGAGUUUGAUGUCCCACUCGCUGGGUCCGAUCUUCGAGGCCACUCCUUCGGGACAAAGGCUUUCAUACGGUCUCCAUCAUUGAUGACCACAACCCCAAGUCUACGACAGGCCGUCUAUUGGAGUGGCCUACGCCAGGAGAUUUACAAUUCCCUUAGCCUUCACCAAACCCCCGACAAUGAGCUCAUAUCCCUGGACUUGAAUUCCCGCUUUAACUCUUUAGGCCCUGAUGCAGGCGAUUGCGCAUGGGCGAAUCAAGCAAUCACUCACUGUGCCCACGUUUUAGUUUUUUGUUUUGGGGACGGGCCUCGCUCGGCGAUUGUGCAUGCGGAACUAAAGGCACAUAAUCAGCAAUGGAAUGAGAAUCGGCCGGACUCUUUCGAUCCAUAUUUUGUGGGUGAGGACGGGGAGGUGGGAACCAAGUUCCCCGACAUUCGUUACGGGUGUCCCUGGCAUGCAAUCGGCAAUCAAUAUAUUGAUCUUGCGCAGAUUCUGCUUUCUGUGCAUGACCCAACUCUGCCUACAGUUGGACCUCUGCGCCGGCGUCUGAUUCAGGAGGCUGAUGAGGUUCAGAAUCAGGUCCGCAGCGGGGUUUGGAAAGUGUGUGGCGCGUCCUUGUCUAAUGCCUCGGUGCCCCCAGCCAUGGUUGUCGGCUGCAUGGCCAUCCAUCUCUGCGGCGAUCGCUUCACGGACCCACAUGAACAGGGCCAUCUGAUCCAGGUCCUUAUCCAAACCGAUAGACUCCAUGGCUGGCCAACUCAUGCGCUCCAGCGACAGCUUCAGGAGACGUGGGGCAUGCGUUGA